GGAGCUGGCACGUGUGGCAGUGUUGGCAACUUGUGGGCCGAGAGGAGAGAAAAAUAGAUUCACAAACACCAACAGCUGGACAGAUGAGGAGGCAUCAGGGACCACGCUUCAGCCCUGGGUGUAUGGUGCGCUGACCCUGCCUUCAACAGGGAAGGAGUUGCAGGACCAGGUCCAUGACUGGCUCUCCUGGCCCUGGUGGGCGGGCCUUGGUGCCAUGGCCAAGGGUGUGGCGGUGGGUCCUGGCUGCUUCUUUGGUUGCCAUAGUAACCCUGACGCUGCCAGGAAAGAGCCAGGCCUGUCCACCACGGUGUGACUGCUCCGCUCAGCUGAGGUCGGUGUCGUGCCAGCGGCGGCGGCUGACCAAUAUCCCAGAGGGCAUCCCCACGGAGACAAAACUUCUGGACCUCAGCAAGAACCGACUGCGCUGGGUGCAAGUCGGUGACCUGGCACCAUACCCGCGGCUGGAGGAAGUAGACCUCAGCGAGAACCUCAUUGCCACAUUGGAGCCCAACGCCUUCGCCAGCCUCCAGAGUCUUAAAGUGCUAAAUUUGAGAGGAAACCAGCUGAAGUUAGUGUCCAUGGGUGCUUUCGCCAAACUGGGCAAUCUGACCAGCUUAGACCUGAGCGAGAACAAGAUGGUGAUUUUAUUGGACUACACCUUUCAGGAUCUGAGGGGUCUGAAACAUUUGGAGGUGGGAGACAACGACCUGGUUUAUAUCUCACACAAGGCAUUCUCGGGGCUGCUGGGGCUGGAAGAUCUCACAAUAGAGCGCUGUAAUCUGACAUCCAUCUCGGGACAGACCCUAUCAUACCUGCGCAGCCUGGUCACCCUUCGCCUGCGUCACCUCAGCAUCAUCGCCCUGGAGGACCAGAACUUCCAAAAGCUCUCUAACCUUCGGGCUCUUGACAUCGAUCACUGGCCGUACCUGGAGUACAUCUCCCCUCUUAGUUUCCAGGGCCUGGAUCUCCACUGGCUCUCCAUCACCAACACCAACAUCACCUCUGUCCCCUCCGCUUCCUUCAAAAACAUGGUGCACCUCACCCACCUCAACUUGUCCUACAAUCCCAUCGCCACACUAGAGCCUUGGGCCUUCAAGGACCUGCUGAGGCUGAAGGACCUCAUCAUGGUAAGCACAGGGUUGAUGACAGUGGAGCUCCAUGCCUUUGGGGGCCUUCGACAGAUCCGGGUCCUCAACUUCUCCUCCAACGACCUGCAAACUCUUGAAGAGGGCUCCUUCCACUCUGUCAACAGUCUGGAGACCCUCAGAGUGGACGGGAACCCCCUGAUGUGUGACUGCCGUCUGUUGUGGAUCCUGCAAAGACGCAAGACCCUCAACUUUGACGGCAGAGUGCCGGUGUGUGCGGGGCCGGUGGAGGUGCAAGGGGUCAGCCUCAGUACCUUCACCGAUUCUGCACUCUUCGAUCACUUUACAUGCCAGAAACCUAAGAUACGCAACCGUAAGCUGCAGCAGGUGACCGCUCGUGAGGGCCAGCCGGUGAGUUUCCUGUGUCGGGCUGAAGGAGACCCUCCACCUGCUAUUGUCUGGAUUUCCCCACAGCGCAGAAGGAUCACAGCUAAAAGUUCAGGGCGCAUUGUUAUCCUCCCUAGUGGCACCCUGGAGAUCCGCUACGCCCAGCUUACUGACAGCGGAACGUACAUCUGCAUCGCCAGUAACGCCGGAGGCAAUGACACCUACUUUGCGACACUCACAGUGCGCGGCCAGCCGCUCGACGCCGCCUCCGCCUUCUUUCUCAACCGCUCGCUGUACAGCGGCGAGUUCUUCAACGACACAAAUCUAAACAGUACGCGCGUUUUCCUCAAGUUCACCUUGGACCUGACCACCAUCUUGGUUUCCACGGCAAUGGGCUGCAUCACCUUUCUGGGGGUGGUCCUCUUCUGUUUCCUGCUGUUGUUCGUGUGGAGCCGGGGACGCGGCCAACGCAAGAACAACUUCACAGUGGAGUACUCCUUCCGGAAAUCUGAACCCGUCACCGACAGCUCCUCGGGAGGGACCAGGAAGUUCAACAUGAAGAUGAUAUGAAACAACGCAGCCAGGGGUCCUUCGGGGGAGGCAUGAGCACGUCCCAAAAACGUGUUUGACACACGCAAACACACACAGCCACUGACUCGCAAAGAAGUAUUAAAGCACAAUUUAAGUCCCCGUCUAUUGGCUCUUUUCAAAAUUGAGCGCCCACAUCAAAAACCAGAGCCAGAGUUUGAUUUGUAAAUGAAACUAAAUGACCCUGAUCUCACUGCCUUCAGUCGUUUUAUUCAGCUUGUGGUGAAAAAGAUGUUUAAUUGAUACUGUUAAGAACUACAGUGUUGAUAUAUUUGAAGGAGUUGCUUGCCAUCUGUUCUUGAUAAGAACAAUAGAGUUAAGAAUUACAGGAUAUCCGUUUUGUAAAUUGGCAUGAUGACUGAGCUGUGGGAUGCUGGUAGCCCUGUUUCUCUGUUACAUUAAUGAGAUAAAAAAAUAGAGUUCCUCUUUCAUUUAAAUUUCCCUUUACCGUAUUCUGUACAGUCAGGGAUUUUUAAAGAAAUGUGUUGCAGGGAGACCUGGCUAGCAUCCAUUGAUAUAAUGUGUAGCUCUGCUCUCAAAAGUCUGUCUUGUUAAGAUUAAUGCAUGAAGAAAUGCAGUUAAGAGUUGAGUGCAUGCCACCAUUUAAGAGCUUCCUUCAUUCCUAUUGACCACGGCUGAACAGCGAGGAGGGUUUUUCACUCGCAUUAUGUUACGUCAAGCUUAAAGGCUGUAAAAUACCAUGUCUGAUAAUAAACUCUGAUAAGAAGUUCUG